AUGGCUACAGCGCCAGUGCUUUGCUGCGCGCCUAGCGCUCGGCUCGACCUCUCCGGCAAGCGCGUUGUGGUGGUUGGAUUGGGUUCCUCCGGCAGGGCUGCGAUCAGGCUUGCCCUGCUUCGUGGAGCCAGUGUCAUUGCCGUGGACAAGAAUGACAAGCUUGCGCCUCUCAAGGAAGAUCCUGCAUUCCAUGGCUAUGAAAUGGAUCGGGUCAGCACCGAGCUCGGUCCUCAUCAACUGGAAACGUUCCUCAGUGCUUCCAGAAUUGUUGUCUCGCCAGGAGUUCCACUUAGCGAGCCCAUUCUCGCCUAUGCCAUGGACUCGGGCAUUCCAACGAUCUCGGAGCUCGGAUUUGCUGCUGAAGCGUUCCCGAAAGCUGUGAAAAUUGCUGCUGUGACAGGCACCAACGGAAAAUCUACGGUCACGACCUUUACUGGUCAGAUUUUGCAGCAAGCUGGAGUGCGGACUUUCGUAGGAGGAAAUCUCGGGACACCAUUCUCUGAUGCUGCGUGCGAGUGUUUUAUGUUUCCUUCCGACGAUCCUCCUUACCAGGCAGCGGUUUUAGAAGUUAGCAGCUAUCAACUGGAGCUUCCGGGAUCUUUUUCUCCGUCUGUUGGCGUGAUUCUUAACUUGUCGCCCGACCACUUGGAGCGCCACAAGAGCAUGGAAAACUAUGGCGAGACAAAGUGCCGGCUGUUUGAGCGUAUGGAUUCCUCGAAGUUAUCCAUCAUUCCUCAUGGGGACGAGUUCCUGAGAAAGGUUGCAUAUAAGUAUAACAGUGGCAGCACCAAAGCCUGGCUUGGAGCACUCCCUGGCGUUCAGCUUGAUAACCAGGCAAGGCGAGCCGUCGUGGUGGUUCCAACAACGAAAGCUGAAGCCCGAUUAUAUCUCAGUGGAUUGAAAGCUGUUGGUUCCCACAAUGCUCAGAAUGCUGCGACUGCUUCCUUGCUCUCUCUUGCGCUAGACCUUGGUGUCGACGAGCACAAACUACAGGCAGCGAUUGGACAACUCACACCUUUACCUCAUCGGAUGCAAAUUGUUGGACAAGACAAGAAAGGUGUUUUGUGGAUCAACGACAGCAAGGCCACGAAUGUGGAUGCAGCUUACACGGGCAUCAAAGGCCUCGCCGAUCGAAAAGCUGUUAUACUCCUCGGAGGUCUCGCAAAGGUCCUUGAUCAGGAUGGAAGCCUUGGAUUCAAGAAACUAAGCGAUCUCCUACAAAAUCACAGGGCCAUCGUCACAUUCGGUGCAUUUGGCAAACAGAUCGAGAAAGAGUUGAAGGAAGCCAACGUUUCAAUCCCAUGCUUCCGUUCCCUGACCAUGGAAGAUGCUGUAGCUAUAGCUGAGAAACUCUCCAAACAAGGAGAUAUUAUUCUUCUCAGCCCAGCUUGUGCCAGUUUUGACGAGUUUCGCAACUUUGAGCAUCGAGGGGAAGUGUUUGGACAGCUUGCAACUCGAUACAUAACAUCGACGACGUAAAGUUCAGUUCUUCUUCCUCACGGAUCCAAGUGCAUGUUUCUGGAUCGCGAAGCUGGCCUUGAUAAGCAUUGGACAAAUUUUCCCGAGAAAACUUUGUCAAUAUAUGGGAGUUCGAGUGGUCAUAUCUUCGCUCUAGCAAAGCUCAUGGCCAAAUGGCGACCAAGAACAAAGAAAUCGAAUCGUAUGCCUCGCUGCUAAAGUCUUGCGGAGAGUCGAGAGAUUUAGCCGAGGGAAAGAGCGUGGUUGUAUGCAUUGCCAAGAGCAAUAGGAGGAAUCUUUAUCUCA